GCGAGCUCCGUCGCGUAGGUUGCUAUGGUUGCGCUGUAAGGCGGGAGAGGAGGUGAGGGCAUCCGAAACCAGAAAAUCCGGUGCAAGAUGAAACUCACCCGAAAGCUGGUGCUGGCGAGGGCCAAGGCCUCGGAGCUGGACAGCGUGAAGAAGCUGAACUGCUGGGGCUGCAAUCUCACUGAUAUAUCGAUUUUCAACGAAAUACCAAACAUCGAGGUUCUGACCUUAAGUGCAAAUAGGGUCGCUUCACUGCAGCCCAUCCUCCAUUGUCACCAUUUGGCGGAGCUCUACCUGAGGAAGAACCAAAUAGAAAACAUUGCAGAGGUGCAUCACCUGAAGGCGCUGCCCCAUCUGCGCGUCCUGUGGCUGGCGGAAAACCCGUGUUGUGGAGAAGACCUCCAUAAAUACCGCAUGACUGUGCUACGUAACCUGCCUGGUCUGCAGAAGCUCGACAAUCAAGCAGUUACUGAAGAAGAGUUGGCUCAGGCUCUGGAGGAAGGCGAGGAGAUCACAGUGCCUCCUGUCUCCUGUGCCCCUGAGAAACCCGAAGAGUCGGUGAGUAACGGAGAUCACGUCCAGAAGGAGCGGCCGGCUGAGGCGGAGAUGGACCCACUGCACUUCAGUAUGGAGGAGACCAACAAAAUCCGAGAGGAACUUGGAAUGAAGCCUUUAAGCCGAGAAAAAUUCCCUUCCAUUACAUCCCCCAGGGAGACAGGAUCUGUGACCAAGAAGCAGAACCACAUUUUGCAGGCAGUGCUGCUGCUGCUGAAAGAGUUGGACUAUGAAGAGCUACAAGUGGUGCAGAAAACCACAGAAGGCCUCCUGGAGCCAACGUGUACGAGAGAGGCUUCACAGCAGACGGCACAGAUCCUCGAGCAGUGAGGAGGAGGUAGAGUAGUUCUUGGACCCCAUUACUCCAGCGCCUGCCUUACCAGGACAGCUUAUGUGCUAAGUUGGUGUGGACAGAGUGGGCCAACAGCACUUUGUCACCUUCUACCCCCUUCAUUGCAACUGGUCAGCUUUUCUUGCCCUUCUGCUAGUCAAAGGCCUGCAAUAAAUUUCAAAAAGGAACCAAUUUAGUGGGACGGCUCCUGACUUACCAGCUCUGUUUUACUUGAUGUGAUCAUUUUGUGGGUUAAUACCCCUAAAGACACAUAAUUUGGACAAACACAAGCACUAAGAUGCAGGUCCAUGCUGAAGAGGCAAAUGUGGGACUCUGAGAAUGGCUGGCAUCUCCUGCAUCAGGAGUGGACCUGAAGAUGCAAAUGAGCAGGAGGUCACGCUCCAGCAUGGCUGACUGGUGGGCUUUGCACAGCUUGGGCUGCGUAGGUGAUUCCAUCCAUGCUGAUUUAUUUUGAAGUGGCUAAUUUCUCUUUUUGGAUGCUCUUCAUGUGAUGUUUGCCUUCCCUUGAUGUGUCUCUUCUGAUUGGUGAGGAGACGGUUGAAUAUCUAAGAUGACACCAAA